UCACGCUGGGAAUGGCCAAGGGAAAACGAGUGAAAUCUUGUUUGCACGCACGCCUCGGCAUGGUCUUAGGAGAUGGAAGGAGAAAGUCGAAGGCAGAGGAGAGAGGAAGGGAUAAACACUUAAUGCCAAGUCGGAGGUAAAAAUGUUGUUUAUGAAGCCGUGUUUGUCUCCGUCCUCACUCAGUGGAUUUCUCUACAUCACGCUGUGUGUCUGACUGAGGGCUUCUCUGUGAUAUUUACCACAGUGCCUCUUCGCCACGCACAGCGGCGGUUGCGUCGUAGUUCAGCGCAUGGCAAGGGCAUCACAAAUGGUUAGGGAAGACGAUUUGUUCCUCCGUUUGCUCAGAGAAUAGCGAAUUAAAUCAGAAAGGACUCCCGAGGCGCCACAAUGGUUUGACAUUUUAGAAAGGAAUAGCUUUUUUUUCAAUUGGGCGCAUGCAGACGGAUGAGAGAUGCCAACCAGCAAGCAAGGGGCAUUUGAAGAGGAUGGGGAAUUAAUAUAUGAGUGGUCUGGACCUUCUUUUAUGAAAUAUUUUCUAAACGAGAAAUAAUUUACAUUUCCUCACCAGGGAGGAGGUGUGGCCCUGCCGCUUGUCCGAUCAGCUUUUGGUGGCACAUGGAUGGAUGACUUUUGUGUGAAGAUCAAGAAAGCCAAGAGUCCGUGCAACUGUAUAUAAUCACAGUGAUCACCACAUCUUAUCAAGUAACUAACAUCGCCUUUAAGUAGCAGGCUUGACGUGCGCUCUUGUGGAACUCAGGGAGGCACCCAGGUGCGCCCCAUGUUGCAUUUAGGACACACUGGUACCGGCGGUACCUGCGGGACUUAAAGCACAGUUGGGACUUCAAAGAAGCGUUGGGCUGUGGGCCAGUGAUGCCGGACACAUUCACGCUCAUAAAGAACAGGACAGAGCCACGGCUGGGGCAGCUAGAGCGCACACUGGCCACGGAGGGGAGCGCCCGCCCCGCCUGGGUCAUAGGUAUCCUGGCCAGUGUGCUGAUCUUCACCACCGUGGUGGACGUGCUGGGGAAUCUGCUGGUGAUCAUCUCGGUGUUCAGGAACCGCAAACUGAGGAACUCGGGUAAUGUGUUUGUAGUGAGUCUGGCAUUUGCUGACCUCGUGGUAGCCUUCUACCCCUACCCCUUGGUUCUCUAUGCCCUCUUCCAUGACGGAUGGGCACUGGGAAACACUCAAUGCAUGGUCAGUGGUUUCCUCAUGGGGCUGAGUGUCAUCGGUUCCAUUUUCAACAUCACUGGUAUAGCAGUGAACAGAUACUGCUACAUCUGUCACUCAUUCUCCUACAGUCGGCUGUACAGCUAUCGCAACACUCUGCUGUUUGUUGCCUUAAUUUGGGUGCUCACAAUAGUGGCCAUUAUCCCCAAUUUCUUUGUUGGUUCCCUUCGUUAUGACCCGCGGGUCUACUCCUGCACCUUCGCCCAGAAUGUCAGCAGUUCCUACACAGUGGCAGUGGUGGUGAUUCACUUCUUGGUUCCCAUUGCAGUGGUUACCUUCUGUUAUCUACGAAUCUGGAUACUUGUGAUUCAGGUGCGCCGUAAAGUGAAGACAGAGGAGAGCCCUCGCCUCAGACCAAGUGACUUGCGGAAUUUUAUCACCAUGUUUGUGGUCUUUGUGCUAUUUGCCAUCUGCUGGGCUCCACUUAACCUGAUUGGCUUGGCGGUGGCCAUAGAUCCGUCCCGUGUGGCUCCCCGUAUCCCUGAGUGGCUUUUUGUGGUCAGCUACUUCAUGGCCUACUUCAACAGCUGUCUGAAUGCCAUUAUCUAUGGCUUACUCAACAGGAAUUUCAGGAACGAAUACAAACGCAUUGUCACCUCCGUGUGGGUGACUCGGCUUUUUGUGACAGAGACUUCGCGGGCUGCAACGGACGGCAGGAGCAUGAGGAGCAAGCAAUCGCCGCCUCCACCGCUCAACAACAACGAGUCAGUCAGAGAUCGCACUAACAAAGAUUGAAAUCUGCAUCAUGAGCAUGUGGUAAUUCCUGUUUUUAUGUGACAUUUAGACAGUUGUGCAGCUAAAUGAGUAUGAAGUAACAGAUGAAACUGGAAUGCACUGCUUGAUUAUCUGUUGGCUGACAUCAAUCAGAACAGGACAGAGGUGAACAUUUGGCCUUACAUCUGUGGAUGAAUUUUCUUUAAUCCUUUCUGGGUAGCACUUUGUAAUAACUACACACUAUAAAGCA